AUGAGUGAGUUAUCUUUCUCAAACACUUCCAAUAAGAACAAUGAAUUCUCUAGUAACAUCUUAUCCAUCUUGUUCCAUUUUUGUUUCUCUAUAUUUUCACACCCUUUGUACUUUUUCUACUUCCUAUUUUUCUCUCCAUAUAUCCUUAAACUUGUGUCUUUUCUUUCUCCUUUGUUCAUCACUACUACCCUUCUUCUCCUUGUGGCUCUUCUUACUUUCACUCCUAGCUUUGUACAUCAAAAGGGUGGUAGCAAAAGUAGUAGCUCUUGUAGUUCUGAGAUUUCUGUGUCCAAAUUGUGUUUUUUUAUUUCUAUUUUGCAGAAUUUUCUAGCAUGGUUUGAAUCUGAUGACAAAGAUGAGGAGAUUGGUUUCCUUGAUGAGUUGGAAGCUUAUUUAGUUAUGUUCCAAGCUUCGAUAUUUGAAGUUGAUGAAUCGAAAUCAGAGGAAGAUUUUAUCUUUGAAGAAGUAGAUGAAGAGUUUUCAGAUGAAGCAAGUGAAGUUUUUAGUACAGUUGAAGAAGAGAAAGAGGUGAAGUUGGAUGAAGAAAACCAAGUUGAGAAAGAAGAAAAAGUUGUUGAAUCCAUUAAGGAAGAAAAGGUCUUAGAUGUGAAGAGUUUAGUAACAUUGUUUCAAGAAUAUGCUGAGUUAGAAAAUGUGUCUAGUGAAAAGGAAGAAAAAGAAGUAGUCAAGGCUAUAGUAGAUGCUAAGUUCAAUAAAGUUGAAGAAAGUAAAGAAAAAUGGAACAUGAUAAGUGGAUCCAAAGUGAAGGGUAACAGAGACAUGUAUGAAAGUAAACUGAAAAGUGGUAAAAGUGAUGAAGAACAUUUUGGUGAAGCAAUGAAGGUGAAAAAAUCUCAUAGAGUGGAUGUAAAUUAUGGUAGUCCACAAAGUAAUUGGGAGUACAGUGGAAAAGUGAUUGGGAAUAAUGAUGAAGUUGGUUCUAAUCUUGGAAGUUUUGGUUCAAUGAGAGUGGAAAAAGAGUGGAGGAGGACAUUGGCAUGUAAGCUUUUUGAGGAAAGACACAACAAUGGUGAUGGAAGUGAAGGAAUGGAUAUGCUUUGGGAAACAUAUGAGAAAGAAUCAAACAAGGUUAUCAAGAAAAGUGAUACAAAGAGAGGGAAGAAGUUGAGUGAAGUUGAGUUUAAUGAGGAUGAGGAUGAGGAAGAAGAGGUAGGGGCUAAGUUAUGUUGUUUACAAGCUUUGAAAUUCUCAACGGGGAAGAUGAAUUUAGGAAUGGGAAGGCCUAAUCUUGUUAAAUUCUCUAAAGCUUUGAAAGGUAUGGGAUGGUUGCAUAAUGUAGGCAAGAAUGGAAAGAAGAAUAACUCUACCAAAUAA